CAGAUCUACAAAGAGGGGGACUGAAAAGGGGGUCAAUGUUGUGGAAGGAAUUAAAGCUGUGCAGCUGAUUUUAGUCAGUUCUGUGAAGAGAUGACACAAGCAACAGCCAGCUGACAUAACUAUUCAGCUUUUUCAACAGGAAUCAGUUAUUGGAAAUCCAUCCUCAACCCCAGACAAAGGAGACUGCUGUGAGGACACAAUUGUAAUACAGUCUUGGAUCUUUACUUGCGCAUCUGUACCUGCCUGUCCAGGCACACUGACUCCACCAUCUGCCAGACACAAAUCAGUCAACAGGAAGUCCAUAUUCACCUCUGACGGACAGCCAGAGACAAACUUUUAAAAGCCGACCCAUGACUGCCUGAUGGUGCCACGAGCCAGGCUGUCUUAAAACUUUCAGCAGUAUAACCAUUCACAAUGGAUGACAGUGCAUCCCUGAAAAGAGUGGAAGCGGCGAAAAUUUCCUUGACCAUCGAAAACUGGCAUGAUGUGGUGCACAUUGCCUGCUACUACGGACUGCCCGUUAUUAUCUGUGUGGGCUUUCUGGGUGGGAUUAUUAACUUCAUCGUCGUGGCUCGUCACCUGACAUCCUCAAUAGAGACCUACACCCACGGGCUUGUGUUGGGCACAGUGUUACUGCUCAGUUCUGGCGCCUUGUUGGACCUGCACAAAUACAUAGGCUAUGUACAAAUCCUGGAGAUCAUCCGCGGUUACGUGAUUAGCUGUAAAGACUGGUUCUGGUACACCACCAUUUGGCUGAUGGUCAUCAUGAGUUUGGAGCGCUUCCUCUCCCUGACUUCUAAUCGGGCGAAGGCAUUGUGCAGCCCCUUGCAGGCUGGCAUCACGGUUCUCAUGGUCUACCUUGUCUGUCUGGUCAGUGCUCUGCCGCGCUUCUGGGAAUUCCAGGCAGUUCAGCAAUUUGACCCGCGCAGCAACCGCACCUUUCUGCUCUCAGAAAAGUCCAAGUCUACGGACACCCCUGAGUAUAAUGUAAUGUACUUCUGGUAUGUCACUACGAUCACCAUCUUCCUGCCCCACCCUCUCAUGUUAGUCCUAGCCAUACUGCUGUACGUCAGCAUACGCAAGUCUCUACACAGUAAACGCAGACUCUCCAAAAAGCACAGCACGGGGCAGGUGCUAAAUCGCAAAGUCAGCGACGAAAUCUGUCUAACCCGACUCCUGAUAGCUUUAAUGCUUUCCUACCUUGUGCUGACUAGUCCAGAUAUUGUUCUUAAACUGCUCAUAAAAGUGUCCCCCUACACCAUUGAGAAGGGGAGUGUACUCUUCGAAACACUAACUGAGCUAUUCAACACGCUAUUCUACUUUAACUAUAUGCUGUAUUUUCCCUUCUUGCUCAUCUACAGCAGGAUCUACAGAAUCACGUGUUGUAAUACAUUCUGCUGCUGUUGUUGUUGCUGUGAUACAUCUGCCUGAAACCAAUUCCAGCUGGUCCUCCCUUCCACAAGAAACGAUCAACAACAAUUUGGCUGAUGUAUGCGUGUGUGUGUAUAUGAACGAACUAGUAGUAGCUCGCAAACAUUUGUGAAAAGUGACACAACUAUAAACAAUCAGGGCAGGAUGUCUAAACAUCUUCUUUCUUGAUGAGCACCAUUUGGUGGGAGAUUCACCGAUUAAUGUAGCGGGUGUAGCCCUUAUCUUCUAAUCUAAAGGUUAGUGAGUUAUCUCGCCAGUGUUUUACAUCUUUGACGCUGCAUUCAGAAGUAACAUGACAGUGAAAAAAUUCUUGUGAAAUGAAAUAGUGAAAGCCUUUAUCAGCAUGGAGAGACCCUUGAGGGAUGAGAUUGAACACUGCUUAGGAGGUUCUUCCCCGCUCUUGAACGCUGCUGCUAAAUGCGAGUCAAGCAAAAUCAAUAUUAUCCAGGUGAGCUUGAAUAAGGCCAAUGAAGAUAUCAGUGGGUAUUACCUUAGGCGGCUUGGCUCCAUGCCUUGUGUAAAUAUACUCAGAAGCUUCAGUACGAUUUCUGCACUGAAUAGUUCCUUCAGUAGCUGGCAAGCCAUUGCACGAGACACAAACAAUCAUCGAUAUCGCUUGAGAAGCUAACGGCAUGUGUGUGUGUGUUAUGUAAAGAGAGAAACAUUAUUUGAUAUAUGUACAAAAUCAGCUCACCUGGUGUGAUCAAACAUGUCUAAGUGUGACCAAACUGUCGGUUCUGUCAUGUGAAAUAAUUGCACACUGAUCAACAUGUAACAAUGGGGAUGAUCAUUCAGUUCACCAGGAGAGAAUGUUAAAUGAACAUUUGUUUUAUACAGUAUACCUUUCCUAUCCAUGUGAAAAAAUGUUAACAAAAUGAUUAAUGGGCCAAAAAAAAAAAAAAAAAUGAACAAAUGAACCUGACAUUUCAGUUUAGGAACAUGAGUUAUCCAGUCUCCAUAUAUAACAGUAGAGUAUCUUCCACAAAUUUUUCAGAAAUCGUAUUAAAACAGUUACAAUUAUGUCAGAGAAACAGGUGUUAAAUUCUUCGUGCAUAUUCCUAGCACCUCACAAAAUGGAAAAAUGUGGUGAGUGGCGACAACACUAUGAUAUCAUUCCAAGGAUAAUGGUUCACACAAUAACAUCCAUGUCUAAAGCAGCAUGUUUAGAUGCAGUCUACCUUGAUAAAUAUACAUGUAUGAAGGAUCACAAGAAAAAACUAUUUAGUUCAUGCCUUUGAAAUUUUGAUUUCUUGAGUAUCUUUGAAUUCAAUAUGAACACUGGACCCAUUCCCUGAAAUAUCAGUACCAUGGCUCAUCGUUGCUAGUAAUCUCUCCUCAGUCACACAUACACACCCUAAUUCUACGGCAUUUCCAACCAUGUCUGCAACCAAUAUUUUAAAACAUUCUGAGAGAACUAUGACUUCAGAGAAAUAAUUAGCACAUUAGUUUUAUUAAGCUUAUAUCUUUAAUGAAAACAUACAAGUAAUUUUUAGCUUCUUUUUCAUAAUAAUUGUAAACACAACUUUCCCUGAAAAAAAAAAAACGGCUUUAGUGGUUGAAAAGGUUGAAUAUUUGUAAAGAAGUCAGUUGGCGGCUUCAGAUAAAUAUGGACUAAAUAACAUGUGUUCAACUGAUUCAUCAUGUGUAUCACUGAUUCAGUGUGUGUGUCACUGAUUCAUCAGGUGUGUCACUGAUUCAGUGUGUGUACAAGUUAUCCUCUUGUCAAACCUAUAAAGACAUGGUAUCACUGCCAUUAUUACAAAUGAGGUCACUUGCUUCAACUAAGACAUGUUGGAUGCAAAUAUGGAACACCAAACUGGAUACUGCUGAUGAGAGCUGAGUCUGACCAACAGAACUAAUUCAGAAAAUACUGAUUCAUACAUAUAUGUAGAUACAGUAUAUCUACUGCUGCUGUUUGACACAACACAGUCUAAAUCUGCUGGGUACUGAAAUCUUAAAUUCACUCUGAUUACAUUGUAUUUACAACAAUUUCACUUACAUGUACAACAAUACUGUGAGAAAUAUUGGGACCCUGUCUUUUUUUAGUGGUU